AUGCUUUUUCGAAUCUUGGCGCUUCCGGCUACUGUUGCGGCUUCUGUUAUCUCCCCUCGGUCGUCGGGAACGACCUGCGAGAAUCCAGCUGUUAGAAAGGAGUGGCGUACUCUAUCAACCGACGAGAGGAAUUCUUAUAUCAGCGCUGUAAAAUGUCUGGCUACGAAGCCUUCCAUGCUCGGCUUGAACACGACGCUAUAUGACGACUUUCCAUAUGUGCACAAUGCUCUUAACGAUGACAUUCACUUUGUAGCCAGUUUCCUCCCAUGGCACCGCUAUUUUGUGCACAUAUAUGAGCAAACACUUAAAGAUUGCGGCUACACUGGAGUUGCAGCGUAUUGGGAUUGGACCCUAGACUCCGACGACACUUCCAAGUCGUCCAUCUGGGAUCCUAUUACCGGCGUGGGCGGUAACGGAAGCCCUGAAAAGACCGUUCAGAUAGGCUGGAGCACUUACAAGUGCGUGGUAGACGGGCCGUUCAAAGAUCUCGUCCCCGCCUACGUGACUAAUACGUAUCAACCUCAUUGUCUGAGGCGCACUUUCAACAACGGCACCGAGCAGAUUGGCAAUAUGCUCAGCGAGGCUUACACUCCCGACGCCGUAGCCAAGAUCAACGCCCUCACCGACUACGUCAACUUCCACAACAAGCUUGAGGGAGGACCGCACGGCGCGAUUCACAGCGCGGUAGCAGGCGACAUGAUGCCGGCCACUUCGCCAAACGGCAAGUUUUCCGAGGACCCGGAGACCCGGACAAAUGCGUACGGCGGCAUCAAGACUCAGAGCAGGCCUGGACAGCCGGCGCCCGCUGAAGCUACGCUGGAUGAUAUCCUGCCCAUGGCCAAGCUUGCGAAAGACAUCCCUGUUCGAGAUGUAAUGUCCACCCAGACCGAUCUGCUCUGCUAUACCUACUAA